AUGAACCGAGGCGCGCCGAUAACCCCCAAAGGGAAAAAUGAAUCAGAGCCAUCACAGACCAAGUCUUCUUCGCAGAGUGCGCUUGAUUCCUUCCUCGCCAAAGCACGCAAUAUUAGAGACUGGGAGGAAAAUACAGCCACCGAGAACCUUUACACGUUUGGGAAGAAGAACGGGGUGUUUAAAAAUGACGAGAAUCAUUUGAUAUGGCAUCUGAUCGAAAAACAAACCGGAAUUUGGAAGAAAUCAGACGAUUCUCGAAGCCAGGACGCUUUUGGGCGAAACCUUCUCUCGUGGAUGCUGCGAACUCCCGAUCUGCUAGAAAUCUUCACCACAUCCUUCAAAACCGAAAGGCGUGGCAAGAAUGACUAUUCUAAGCGAAUGCCGCUUCACUUUGCGAUCGAUAAAUGCAAUCUUGGCUUUAUAGCUUGCUUCAUCGACAUCUAUGCCACGUCCAUCAAGACAGGGGGCAAAGCUUGGGGAUCACUCAAAAAUGCCAGCAUCAUAUUCACUCAGCGCGAGGAGUUGAACAAACAAAACCUUCUGCAAUAUGCGGCAGAGAAGAGAUGUCUUUUGACGUCAGCUUUGGUAAAGAUCUGUCCCCCUGCGGCACUGAUCGAUUCAGACGAGAACGGCUACACUGCUUUCCACACUGCUUUGGCCUGGCCUCCAGGAGCAACACAAGAUAUCACUACCCGCGGCUGGGAUAUCCCCUCAUUUUUCCAUUCCAAAGAUGUGUUCAAUGCUGUCAUAGAUCGAUAUGAUGCAAAUGAUAUUCUUUGUGAAAUUCUGCCCAAGACAAAUAAUGAAGGCUCGUCUGUAUUCCAAGAAGCACCUGUUGAUCAUGUCGACAUUCCCAAGCUGCAAGAGCUCAUUUUUGAGAAACUGAAAGACAUUUCCAAGGUUAGCACGGCGCUUUAUGGAACAGGAAAGGGUAAGUCUUGCAUUGCAGCCAUGCCGCUCUUCACUAACCUGAGUACUGCAGCUAAGGAGCUGUGCCUCGACAUGUCAGACUUCAAUUCACCAUCGCACAACUUUGAGAAAUUUGUGGACAGGCUGAUCGAACUGAACCCGUUGAAGGCUUCAGGAUCUUCGGAGGGUGACCAGUCCCCGGAAGAUUCGAGCUCCCUGGUAUUCGAGACAUCCCUUCUCUUCGUACACCUUCCCGAUCUCAACUACAUCAAGCAGCCGUGCUCACCGGAAGUCUUUCGCAAGUUUUUUCAAUGGCUUAGCAGGCAGGUUGAGAACAUCCGCGAGCUGAAAAUCCUUGAUAGCACAACCAGUCCCCUAAGCGACUGGUUUUUUUGCAAAUUUGUCUCUACCAAGUUUCACAUCAGCAAACUUGACUGGAGGAAGUUGGACAUAGACCUCACCAUUCUUGCAGAAACUGGGGAUUACCUAGAGGAACUUACACUAUACUCCAGCGGUAAUUGGGGCGUUCUCUAUCACUGGACCAGUCUAGACGGUCUUGCUCAGUACCCUAAAGUCUCGUCCCUUUUCAUCCCGUUCGGAUUAUCAGACAACUGA